CUACAAUUAGUAGUAACCGCUCCCCCGCAAUACCUGCCAUCUCUCCUCCUCCACCAUCGAUCCACUCUGACCUCUGCUCGACCAGAUCAAUCGAUCUUCCUCUUCUUGGUCGGUUUCUUCAUCCUCUGUGACGAAGGCGCUGUCGUCGUCGAUCGAUUGAUUUAUUGAUCGAUCGAGUGCUCCAACAACUGGUCAAUAACUGGGAUCAUAGGUCGUCUGCUCAGUUGCAUCGCCAUCGCCUUCAAUUCCACUCGUUUUCAAGCUCCCGUCGCCCCCGUUGAUCGGAUCAAAGGGAUUGGGAUUAACCUAACCUAACCUAACCUCGCGACCAAAUUCCCCUCCCCACUUGACGUUGGUCCACCGGCUGAUUCCUUGUGUCCGUCACAACAAAGGAUUUCUUCUUCUCUGCACCUCGUAUCUAUCCUACAUAGCGCGUCCACGCGGGCUCGGUGGCGGUUCGCGUACGUGAUCCUCGGGAGAAUUGACAGUUGUGAUAGCGCGCGCGUGGGCGUGGGCGUGGGCGAUCGACGCGACCGCGGCAGCAUGGGGGCCGGCAACCACUCGCCGUCGUCCGCGAAGACCUCACCUCGCGGCUCUGGCGUAGGCGGCGGAGGCGAGCAGUAUUCCCCGUCGACCAAGUCUCCGCGCGCCGGCGCCGGCGGCGGAGGCGGAGGCGAGCACUACUCCGCGUCGAGCAAGUCCCCGCGCGCCGGCCUCGGCGGCGUCUCCUCCUUGCUGCCGAGCGGCGGCGUGUCGUCCCUGCUGCCGAGCGGCGCCGUGGCGACGCUGCUCGAGAGCAGGUGGACGCUCUCGGGCGCCAUCACCGUGUUCCUGUUCCUCGCCGUCACGCUCACCGUGACGACGUCGUCGUCGUCGCUGUCCCCCGUCUCGGCCACCUUCUUCUCCUUCCUCCCGGCCGGCCGCGCCGACCUCGUCCAGCCGCCGCAAGUCCAGCAGCAGCCGCAGGCCCCGGCGACCCCGCCGCCGCCUCCGCCCGGCGCCGGCGUGCCGCGGCUGGCGUACCUCAUCUCCGGGUCCAAGGGCGACCUGGACCGGCUGUGGCGCACGCUGCACGCGCUCUACCACCCGCGCAACCUGUACGUGGUGCACCUGGACCGCGAGGCGCCCGUGGGCGAGCGGCUGGAGCUGGCGGCGCGGGUGGCCAACAGCACCGUGUUCCGCCGCGUCGGCAACGUGGAGGUGAUCCGGCGCGCCAACAUGGUGACCUACCGCGGGCCGACCAUGGUGGCCAACACCCUGCACGCCUGCGCCGUGCUCCUCCGCCGCAGCCGCGACUGGGACUGGUUCAUCAACCUCUCCGCCUCCGACUACCCUCUCAUGUCCCAGGACGAUGUCCUGCACGUAUUCUCGACGCUGCCGCGCAACGUCAACUUCGUCGAGCACACCAGCCGCCUCGGCUGGAAGGAGGGGCAGCGCGCGCAGCCGCUGAUCGUGGACCCGGGGCUGUACGCGUCGAAGAAGCAGGACAUCUUCUACGCGUCCGGCCGGCGGGAGCUGCCGACGGCGUUCAGGCUGUACACGGGGUCGGCGUGGGUGGCGCUGACGCGGGACUUCGCCGAGUACGUGGUGUGGGGGUGGGACAACCUGCCGCGCACCAUGCUCAUGUACUACGCCAACUUCGUGUCGUCGCCGGAGGGCUACUUCCAGACGGUGCUCUGCAACGCGCCCCGGUUCGUGCCCACCGUGGCCAACCACGACCUCCACCACAUCCAGUGGGACGUGCCGCCGCGCCAGCACCCGCACGCGCUCACGCUCGGGGACAUGGACCGCAUGGUGCGCAGCGACGCGCCCUUCGCCCGCAAGUUCGCGCGCGACGACCCCGUGCUCGACGCCAUCGACGCCCAGCUGCUUGGCGGCCGCGGCGGGAACGGCACGGCGGCGGGGAUGUUCGUGCGGGGGGGCUGGUGCGGCGAGAGCGGGGACUGCGAGGGCGCCGCCGGCGCCGAGGACUGGGUGCUCAGGCCGGGGCCCGGCGCCGAGAGGCUGCGCAGGCUCAUGGACCGGAUCGUCAGGUCGGAGGCGUUCGCUAACCGCCAGUGCAAGUAGCUAAGCUCGGCUUGAGACAUGGUCGGUCGUGCGUGCAAGCCAGGUUAGCGUCACGCGCGCCCUGUGUGGUGUGCUCGUUUCCUUCGACGUUUGUACAAAAUCAUGCAUCUCAAGGGCGUACAUAACUACUCCCUCUGUUCGGAAUUACUUGUCGCGGAAAUGGAUGUAUCUAGAUGUAUUUUAGUUUUAGAUACAUCCAUUUUUAAGACAAGUAAUUUCGAACGGAGGGAGUAUAUGGCAUAUACAUACAUACAUACAUAGAGCGAGAAAUAUAGAGAGCUUCGUGGUACAUUAUUGGUUUUAUUUUUACAGUGCUUACUCUGGUUUGCUGGUGUAUGGACUCGGGAGGAGGAAAAUGUUUUAACUCAUCCAUCAACCAUCCAUGAGAUGAGCUCAUGCUGUUCUUCUUGUCAUAUUUCAUUAGAAUAGAAAGGUGGUUUAAUGUGGUCA